AUGUUGCCGUCCACAUGGAAAGGAGUUUGGGAUGCUGGUUAUAAUAAAGUUCUUUAUCCAUAUGCAAACAAUGAUCUUACAGCUCGUACACAUGACGGUUAUCUCAAAGCAGCCCGAGAAGCUUUGCGCAAAUCAAAUGGUGGUAAAGAAGUAGCUGUGGAUGGAAUAAAAGGUCUAUCAUCUUUGCUUCAAAUAUUUAAUUAUCCUACACAGAUCAUUUAUGACUUUAUGCAUCUUGUGUGUUUGGGUCAUAUUCCGUCUUUGAUUAAUCGAUGGUGUACACGCAUAGACAAAAAUACAAUACUGAAGAUCGACAAUAAACUUCAACAAUUACGUAUUCCUCACAACAUGAAAGUUGUUUUUCUUGAAUCUAUUAAAAUGGCAUGGCAAUGGAAAGCUAAAAACUCUCGUCUGUUUGUGUUACACGUCGGACUCUUACAUGCACCUCAAACAAAAGAAGAAAUAUUACUUGCUGAACGUCUGCUCGAUUUUUAUUGUCGCACAGCGUCGAAUGUGCAUAAUUCAUCUAUUGAAAUAUUUUCUCUUCAUGCACAUCUUCAUCUAGCUUAUCAAGUUCGUCAACAUGGCGGUUUAGCACACAUGUCAGCAUUUGCUUUCCAGUCAGCAAUUCGCUACAUAAAGAAAAAAGCUCGUGGUUGUAUUAGACUCGCCUCGCAAAUCGCUUAUUGGGUCGAUAUGCGACGCGUGACACAAUCGAACAAGUUUAGUUUACCAAAAGAGUGUCUUAUGAACGUGAGUAGAAACAAGACAGAUUUGAAAAAAUACAUUGUAACAAUCAAACUUAUACACAAUCGCUUAUUCUGUCCGGUAUGAAAAAUGUACGGCAGGUUAGAAAGAGAUAAAUGACCAUGUCGUAUUGUCUUUGUUUUCUCAUUCAAAUAAUG